AUGAUGAACCUGUUGCUCCUCAAGUCUUUUUUGAUAGCUGCUUCAGCUUCUGCUUGUGUUCAUCAUGAAUUCAAAUAUGUUCAUCCAUCUCUAAUAUUUUCUUGCUUCUCUGCGUCAUUCCUCCUAACCCUAGCCAUUUUUCAUCACUUGAAGAGACAGCCAAGCAAAGUAUACUUAGUAGACUUUGCCUGCUACAAACCAAACGAUUCUUGUGCUCUCACCAAGGAAAUGUUAUUGGAAACACUAAAGAGCUUUGGAGUUUUCUCAGAGGAGAACGUGAGACGAAUGGGGAAAAUUUUGGAUAAGUCUGGUUUAGGAUCUAAGACGUACAUCCCUCGAGCUCUAAUGCAGAACCAACCAAAAGUAUGUCUGAUUGAGGCAGGGAAGGAGGCAGAGACUGUGCUUUUCGGAGUCAUUGAUGAACUUCUGGAGAAAACAUGGGUCCACCCAAAGGAUAUAGGAAUUCUUGUUGUGAAUUGUAGUACGUUUUGUCCCACACCAUCUCUCUGUGACAUGAUCGUGAAUCGAUAUAAACUCAAACACAACGUUUUGUGCUAUGAUCUUAGCGGCAUGGGGUGCAGCGCUGGAGUUCUUGCUAUUGACUUUGCCAAACGCCUCCUCCAGUCACACCCGAGCUCGUAUGCCAUGGUUUUGAGCACUGAAAAUGCAAUUAUGGGGACGUACUUGGGAAACGACCCUUCAAUGCUUCUCAUCAAUUGUCUCUUUCGCAUGGGUGGUUCUGCUUCUCUUCUCUCCAACCAUCCUUUAGAUCGUCAUCGUUCCAAGUACCAAAUCAUUCACACACUUCGCACCCACAUGGCUUCCGAUGACAGAAGCUACAACUGUGUGUUUCAACGAGACGAUGACCAGAAAAUAAUUGGUGUUUCCAUCUCAAAAGACCUCAUGAACGUUGCAGGUCACGUCCUCAAGUCUCACAUCACAUCGCUCGCCCCAUUGGUCCUUCCUGUCUCAGAAAAACUCAAGUUUCUUGUAAACUCUGUCGGAAGGAAGGUUUUGAGAUUGAAGAUUGAAGCUUAUGUUCCGAAUUUCAAGUCGGCUUUUGAGCACUUUUGCAUUCACACUGGAGGAAGGGCAGUGUUGGAUACGAUGCAGAAGAGUCUUGAGCUUCAAGACUGGGACGUGGAACCUUCAAGAAUGACACUUUAUGGGUUUGGGAACACAUCUUCGAGUUCAGUGUGGUAUGAAUUGGCUUACUGUGAAGCCAAAGGAAGAAUCAAGAAAGGUGACAGAAUCUGGCAAUUAGCAUUUGGGUCAGGGUUCAAGUGUAACAGUGCAGUGUGGGGUGCAUUGGACAACGUUGAAGCAGGUUCACUGAAGAAUCCAUGGAAUGAUGAGAUUCAUAAAUUCCCUGUUAAUGUGAUGAGAUUGAGUAAGAUGAUCGGUCAUUUUAACAUUGUCGCGUUGCGGUCAGAAAAUAGCUGA